AUGGCUUCUCUCGCGACUUCCAUUAACGGAAGCUUCAAAAUUUCGGUUUCAUCAUCUUCGACAAGAACUGGGUCUCCUGUAAAAUCCAAUCAAAACCCGAGUUUUGUCUUCUUUACUAAUAACAUACACAGACCGAUCUCUAGAACGGCGAUUUUGCGCAGAUCGGAGAUCAGUGCUUCGAAUCAAGAAGAAACAGCUUCGCCUUUCGCAUCCAUGGUAUCACCAGGUCUAUACUCAGCUCAGACUUUCGAUUUGACCCCUCAAAAUGUCGAUUUGGUUCUCGAAGAUGUUAGGCCCUUCUUGAUCUCCGACGGUGGUAACGUAGACGUUGUCUCCGUUGAAGAUGGUGUAGUUUCGUUAAAACUCCAAGGAGCAUGUACUAGCUGUCCAAGUUCUUCYACAACAAUGACAAUGGGAAUAGAAAGGGUACUCAAAGAGAAGUUUGGAGAUGCUUUGAAAGAUAUUCAACAAGUUUUUGACGAGGAAGUAAAGCAGAUUACUGUGGAGGCAGUGAAUGCUCAUCUUGAUAUACUGAGACCAGCGAUCAAGAACUAUGGCGGAAGUGUGGAAGUUUUAUCAGUCGAAGGUGAAGACUGCGUUGUGAAAUACGUUGGACCAGAAUCGAUUGGAAUGGGAAUACGAGCAGCGAUUAAAGAAAAGUUCAAGGACAUAUCUAAUGUAACCUUUACAAGCUAG